CCUAAGGAGCCAUCGCAGUGUGUGUGUGUGCUGGCGUAUAAAGGAGCUGGGAUCCUCUCUGGGUGAGUCCAGUCGCCACAGAUAGGUAAAGUGAGAACUUCACCAGUCCAGUCACCCUUAAAGUUAGAGCUCGACCUGUCAGUCACCAUGGGGGUACAGGGCUUAUCUUCACUCCUGAAGGACAACAGAAGGAUCUCCCCGGACUUCCACUUCAGGGACAGCAAGCUGGUGGUGGAUGGAAAAAAUCUGCUCUACCACCUCUACUACUCGUCCAACCUGGACCAGAACCACGGCGGGGAGUACCUGGCCUUCCAGGCAGAGGUCCAGGCUUUCUUCAAGACUCUGUCCGACUGUGGAAUCAAACCAUACGUGGUGAUGGACGGAGGCAAGGGCACCAGCGACAUCAAACUGGACACCAUCCGGGACCAGUCCAGAGAGAUUAUCCAGAAGACCCAUGAGGCCGCUCUGACGGGCAAGAAGAUGUACAUCCUCCCCCCCCUCACCAAGCACGUUUUCCGACAGACGCUGAACGACCUGAAGGUACCGCUGGUCAAGUGCUUCAAAGAGGACGACGGCCGGCUGGCUGCCCUGGCCAAAGAGUGGUGCUGCCCGGUUCUGUCCACAGACAGCGACUUCUACAUCUUUGACCUUCCUGGGGGGCUUCUGCACCUGGAGCACUUCGAGUGGCGCCUAGUGGAGACGCGUCGUGGCAUCCCAUGCAGGCGAUACACCACGUCCAACUUCUGCUCCUUCUACCUCAUCAACCCCCAGCUGCUGCCCGUCUUCGCCUCGCUGGCUGGGAACGAAUACUUCAACUUCAGAGAUGUUAGGUGGGACAAAUACAUUCCAGCGGGAAAUCCCAGAAUGAACUUCAGAGCUGCUACCCUGCUGGGCCUCCUGAGUUGGCUUAGAGCCAGGACAGACCGGACGACAGAAGACACCCUGACAGCAGUGAUGAAACUCAUGCCCAGCAAGAGUCAACAGGAGCGGACGGAGGCGCGGAAGAUGCUGAGGAAGUCCAUGCUGGAGUACGAGCUCCCCAGCUCCUCUCUGCGGGGGUUCUUCAGUGAGGGAACCGUUCCACCGCUGCCCGCUGAGAUGUUGCGCUGCGUCCCCGACUGGGUCUGCGCGCAAGUGGCCAGAGGAGAGCUGAACGGGGACGUGUUGGGCCUGCUUGUGUACAGGCGGAUCAAACUGCGAACCCAGGUGGAACGCAGCGACCUACAGAGCUCCAACCUCACCUCGAAGCACAUCCGGCAGGUGUGGUACGGGCUGCUGCUGGGCCAGAGGGGGGGUGAGGUGGAGGAGGGGGACCGGGACGGUCUGGAGCUCGCCAGUUUCCAGGAGCGACCGCUGGUCCAAGGAGCCGCUCAGACGCUGAGGCUGGACUCUCUGCCCCAGGCAGACCCCGCUGUGAGGCUGCGGGUGUGUCUGGAGACGCUGGGCGUGGAGGAAGAGACGCUGGAGGGAGUUCCAGCUCACCUGCGCCUCCCAGUGGCUGUGACCCGCUACUGGCUGAUGAGGGCCAGCCCCGAGCCGACAGUCCUCAAAGCUCUGCUGAUGGUCAUGGUCCAAGGAGAACUGACCCGACUGACAGGAGGGACAACAGGCUGGCAGGGAGAUACCGACCACCUCUCUGAGCCUCUGGAUUGUGUCGUGGCUCACAGCUUCAACCAAUGGCAGGCCUGCCUGAAGGACGCCUCCCAGCUCAACCUGCUGCUCUGCAAGCCCCUUCCUAAACCCCACUUCGCCUGGUUGUACCAGGGCAGGCUGGUGCACCGGCUGCAGAAGGAGCUCCAGGAGAGGGAGCCAGAGGACAUCGUACAGGACGACCAGUUCAGGAGACUGUACUGGAGGCUCCUGGGAGCAGUGACCCAGCCAGACCCCGGGGCCAACAGGAGAGCUGGGGGGCCUGAGGGCCAGCAUGGAGCCCCUUCACCUCAACACCCAGGAUGAGGAGGAGGAGGAGGAGGAGGAGGAGGAGGAGGAGGAGGAGGAGGAGGAGAGGAGAGAGGGGGAGGAGGAGGAGGAGGAGGGGGAGGAGGGGCAGGAGGAAGAGGAGGAGGAGGGGGAGAGGAAGAGGAGGAGGAGCUGGGCGGGGCCGAAGCCUAGCGGAGGAAGAGCAUGGAGUGUAUUAUUCACUUCAGCCAGGAGGAGGAGGAGGAGGAGGAGGAGGAGGAGGAGGAGGAGGAGGAGCUGCGCAGGGCUGCAGGGCUCGGAUGGGUCUAGAGUGGAGGUUAAAAGCAGGAGGAGUAAGCAGUAGAGGGCGGGGUAGGGUGAGCAGGGGGGGGGGGGGGGGGGGGGGGGGGGGGGGGCUGAUGGGGCACAGUGUUGGGGUAAAGCGUUACAGUCAUAGAUUAAGCAGCAACAGAGUUAUAAAACCUGUUCUUCAUAUCAUUUUGGUAUUGCAUCAUCAAUAAGAACCUAGGAAGGAAGAAAAAGGAGAGUUGAGAACAGUAAAAGAUUAGAAUAGGAUGUUGCUCCUUUUUCUUCCCUCCUAGGUUCUGUUCUAGCGUGUUGCGGGUACUGGACUGGAUGCCUGGACUCUCCUCAUGGAUAACCGGCCAGAACCCCAUCACCAUUUUAAUAUGAUGUGCAUGUAUUUACCUGUAUGUCAAUUGUGGCACCCAUUGCACUCCUGACCAUCCCUGGAAGAAGGGAUCCCCUACACUGCGUUUCUUCUCAAGAUUUCUUCCUUGCUGAUUCAAGGGAGUUUUUUCUUGCCCGUGUGGGGGCAUGGGUAAAGGGGGGUGUCACAAAUAUUUGGCCUGUUAAGCCCUUUGAGACUGUAAUGGUGAUUAAGGGCUAUGCAAAUAAAAUUGGAUUGAAUUUAAUUGAAUCACAAUAUUAAGCUUGUAGGCUUUUUCUAAGCCUGAAUCAUGAGUUGUGUUUCGGGCUUGGUUAAAAUAUGUUAAUAUGAUCUGCUGAUCGAUCUUUCAAUGCAACAUAUACAGUAGAUACAUAUAUAUAUAUAUAUAUAUAUAUAUAUAUAUACACAUAUAUAUACAUAUUGUUUUUACUAUGCACUUAUUUAAUGUAAUUCAUGAUAUAAAUCAAUAAACUCAGAACAUGUCA